AUGUACAUAUGUGCUCAGAUAUCAGGUAUAAUGUACACAUGUUCUCAGAUAUCAGGUAUAAUGUACACAUGUUCUCAGAUAUCAGGUAUAAUGUACACAUGUUCUCAGAUAUCAGGUAUAAUGUACACAUGUGCUCGGAUACCAGGUAUAAUGUACACAUGUUCUCAGAUAUCAGGUAUUAUGUACACAUGUGCUCGGAUACCAGGUAUAAUGUACACAUGUUCUCAGAUAUCAGGUAUAAUGUACACAUGUGCUCGGAUACCAGGUAUAUUGUACACAUGUUCUCAGAUACCAGGUAUAAUGUACACAUGUGCUCGGAUACCAGGUAUAAUGUACACAUGUUCUCAGAUAUCAGGUAUAAUGUACACAUGUGCUCGGAUACCAGGUAUAAUGUACACAUGUUCUCAGAUAUCAGGUAUAAUGUACACAUGUGCUCGGAUACCAGGUAUAAUGUAG